AUGAUAGCUCUAAUCGAUGUCCCUCCAUCGCCGCCGCCAAAUAUGGAGGAUUGGAGAAAGUUUCGGGAGGUUGGGUUAUUGGAUGUGGUAGCUCUGGAGAGACGUGAUAGGGAGGCGUUGCAGGAGAAAGUUGAAAGGCUUGAAACAGAGGUUAGACGAAGAGAAACAAAGUUAUGGUUUCUUUUAUACCUUACUGGCAAAGAUAAGGUGGUAGCCCUAAUCGACAUCCCUCCACCGCCGCCGCCAAAUAUGGAGGAUUGGAGAAGGUUUCGGGAGGUUGGGUUGUUGGAUGUGGCGGCUCUGGAGAGGCGUGAUCGGGAGGCGUUGCAGGAGAAAGUUGAAAGGCUUGAAACAGAGAUUUUUAAUGUUCUUUGUUUGUGGUGA